AUGAGCGGGACUGAUGAUGAUGAAAAUAACCUCAACGGAUUACAAAGACAAUCACAGUACCAAUGUAGAGAAAGUAACAAUCUCAACAUCAAGAAUUUGCUCGAGUUUCUGAGCUUCAAAAAAGACAUUGUCAGACGUCCUCUCUCGGAAAGAUGCUCCAACAGCUCCGUCAUUGUGCCUCAGCCAGACCGAGGGAGGGAUAAGAGCAGUCCACGUGUGGACGACGUACAGAAGCAUGCGACUGUUGCUGAUUCGAAGACAUCGAGGGCCUCAAGACCUCCAAAGGUCACUGGAAAAUCAUGGAUCGUUGUGGAUGGCGAAUCAGGAGCAAUCAUGGGAGGGAAAAGCGAGAUUAUGACUUGCCACAUUGUCAUCAAGCUCGCCGAGGUCCAGCCAGGAGAUCGAGUACAGGUCUUGGACGCCUUGUAUGGAUUGAUGCUCCCUUCCGGCAAUGACGCAGCAGUGGCGAUUGCACAACACUUUGCCGCACGCUUGCACGCUCGGAGGAUUCUGUACAGGAAGUCUUUAAGCAUGGAAGGGUUAGGGCUUGCGUACAUGUCAAACGAUUCUUCCCUCUUGCCCUGGGUGACUGAGAUGAACACCAUGGCGUUCGUUCUCGGAAUGAGUUCGACCAACUUCGAAAAUCCUCAUGGGUUGAGCAGCAAGUUGCACAAAUCUACAGCAUUUGAUGUCGCCAAGCUGUCGGUCGAGGCGUUGCGAUCUGAUUUGUUUCGAAAGAUUGUCAAUACUCAGAGCCAUGCUGUCAAUAUCAUGAACGCUAGAGACUCGUCCACCAGAGUACUGGUGUGGAAGAAUACCAACGAACUCCUUCAAGAGGGAUAUUCAGGUAUCAAGACUGGAACUACUCCAACGACAGGAUAUUCCUUGGCAUCUGAAUACACUUUUGAUGUCGAGCUCACAGGUGAAAGAAAAAGUUUGAUAUGCAUCCUUCUCGGAUCGAGGACCAAGGAAGAUAGGACAAAUGACACAAGAAGGUUGAUAUCAUGGGCAAAGUCUCUUCAUAGUUCAUGA